AUGCCCUCCCAGUCCAAACUCAGACCUGCGCCGCCUCCAAAGCCCAAAUCACUCUCUUCAACACCAGUGACCUCCGUAGCUCCAGCAUCCGGCAAGCGCGGCCUCUGCUGGCCGUGGGACCAGCCCGGCUCGCAUUUCAAGCUCUUCGAGCCGUACACGUCGUCGACGGGCAAGAUCAAGUGGAUCUUCAAUUGGGAACUCUGGGUGCCCGACUCUCUGCCACAGGAGGUUGAAUGGAUCCCUUGCGUGCGGACGGCGGAGCAGGCCAAAGACAUCGACCCGUUCCUGACCGACAUCCUCCAGCGCCGAGAACGGCCGCCCAGGACCAGCGCGCUGCUGGGCUUCAAUGAGCCCGAAAUCCCCGAGCAGGCGAACCUCAGCGUCGAAGCUGCCGUUGCCCUUUGGACGCAUGUCGUCCUGCCUGCGAAAACCAAGUUCCGCCUGAGGCUGGGCAGUCCCGGCAUGAGCAGCGACCUGGGUCGAAGCAAACCGUGGCUGGACUCGUUCCUGGCCCGGCUGGGCGCCCACCAUGGCAUCGACUUCCUCGUCCUGCACUGGUAUGGGCCUCGUUUCCAGGACCUACGCGUCUUCCUCGAACACAUGCACCAGGCGUACGGCCUGCCCAUCUGGCUGAAUGAGUUUGCUUGCUCCAAGAUGGGUCAGGGCGAGGCGAGCGCCGACGAAGUCAGCGACUUCCUGCGAGAGGCCUUGCCGUGGCUGGACACAUGCCCAUGGAUUGAGAGGUAUGCGUAUUUUGGACACCAGGAUGUCGGUGCCUGGGUGGGACAUGCGAGCAACUUCUCCGAACCAGUAGAACGACCAGCAGAAAGUGACACAAAGAGAUUGACUCAAGUUGCACGGUUGUAUUGCGAGCAUUGA